AUGAACUCGCCUGGACGAACCGCAAAUUCCUCACAAAUGGUUCGGCCGCGAAUCAUGUCUACAUUGGAACAAAGGACUGUGGAAAGCGAUUUAUUACAAUUAUCGAUCAAAAAGCCAUUAGAAGAUUCUGCAAAAAAAAAGGAUUCAAGGCUUCUGUGGAAUAGACGUUCCAUUAUUGGAUUGGUUGCACCGCUAUUGGCGUUUACUCUUGGUACUUGGCAGUUACAGCGCUUGCAGUGGAAGACAAAUUUAUUGAAAAAAAUAGAAGAUAGGAUGAAGCAGGAAGUUGUCCCAUUUCCAGAAGACAACUUGUCGUUACUGGAUGAUCUUGAAUAUGCAAAGGUGAGAGUAACGGGCGAAUUUCUUCACGACCGUGAAUUUUAUGUUCAGCCAAGACAACGAUUUGAUAAAGAUACAAGUAUAUCAAAAAAUCGACCUCCAGUGAAUAGUUUUGGGAGCCCGGGUGCGCAAGUUAUCACUCCGUUCAAACUCCAUCAAUCAGGUAACAUCAUUCUGGUCAAUCGCGGAUGGGUCCCUCCACAAAAAAUCACUCCUGAAAGUCGAAUUCGAGGACAAGUGCAAGGGCAGGUCACUUUUGAUGCAGUAGUUCGUCAUACUGAAAAGAGGCCCUCUUUCAUCCGAAAAAAUGAACCUGACAAAGAUCUUUGGUUUUAUACGAAUAUCGAAGAAAUGGCAAAAAAACGCGGCACACUACCAGUUCUUGUUGACGCAUGUUAUGAAUCCAGUAUUGAAGGUGGUCCAAUUGGAGGUCAGACACGAGUAACCCACAGAAAUGAUCAUAUGAUGUAUGCGUGUUUCUGGUUCUCAGUUGGAGCGGCGACUUUGUUUGGAUGGUUUCUUUAA